AAGAGUCAGAGUCCAAUGGCAUAUAAGAGAUUGUUUUGUACUUACAAGUACAUAGUCCCAAAGUCUCCUGUAAGCCCAGAGUCUUUCGAAGAAGAAGAAGAAAGGUGUGGAGAGGUCUGUCCCUCCCCAACACCCAGUGAGACAGAUGAGGCCCCGCUGAUCUCUACGGCCAGAGAAGAAAUUAGGAAGAGAACCAAAGGCGUGCCCAAGCAGGCGUGGAGCAGCCCAUUUGUGUGCCAGCAAAUGGGACAAAAAUCUAUUGAACGAUACUUAGCAAAUCCUCUUCACCUGGAGGCUGCGGGCACGCACAUGAAUAGACACAAGAGGGUGCAGAACCAGCCCUCCACCAGCGCCAAGGGAAAUUCUGGUUCCGGCGCGAGACCGUCCACUGCCAUCGGCGUCUGCAGGAGGAGCCAGACCCCCCAGGCCCGGCGGAGCGUCUGGCGGAGCUCCUCGGAACCCGAGCUGGAGGAGCCGACAGCAGAGACCCCAGCCGGCUUUCCCGCACCCCGAGAUGUGCCCUGCGGGCUCCGGUGCGCGUCCGGAAAUCCAGCGGGACAGAGCCCGGUUGCCAUGGCACCGGAGACGCUCCCCAAGCAUCCCCAGGCCCCGGGAGAAAGGAGGCCCGGGGGAGACACCUCCCUGCAGGGCGAGCUGACAGUAUCGCCCCUUCCUCUGCUGGCCGGGGCUUCCACCCUUUUCCCCUCCAAGAGGUUACUAAAGGUUUGCUCGGCGGCACCCCCGCGGCCGCCCCGGCGCUACCAUACGGCGUGUUCACAGGCCCUGCCGAGGCCGGUGGUGAAUGCUCACUUGCGCUGACCGCUGCGAGGGGAUUGUUCCCGUCAAUG